AGUGGGCGGGUGGGUCCGGCAACUCCCUCCGAGUCAAGCGCAGGCCGACUGGCGGCUGCAGAGAAUACAACAGCGGCGUGCGGAGGCAGUUCCCGCGGGUCCGUGAAGGAGGUUGACAGCUCCAGCGGACGCCUGUCAGCUUUAAGGAAAAGUAGAAAUCACUUCUGACUAUACUGAAUAGCAAGUGAGUUCUUACACUGCAGAUCAUGGCACUACCAUUCCGCAAGGACUUAGAAAAAUACAAGGACCUGGAUGAAGAUGAGCUUCUUGAAAAUCUGUCAGAAAUAGAACUGAAACAACUAGAAACUGUUCUGGAUGAUCUUGACCCUGAGAAUGCCCUUCUGCCUGCAGGUUUCCGGCAAAAAAAUCAGACGUCAAAGUCUGCCACAGGACCUUUUGAUAGAGAACACCUCCUUUCAUAUCUGGAGAAGGAAGCAUUGGAGCAAAAGGACAGGGAAGACUAUGUGCCCUACACUGGAGAAAAAAAAGGAUGCGAAGACCAAAAAGACAACAAAGGAUUAGAUGGAAAAAUAUUUAUCCCCAAACAGAAACCUGUACAGACUUUGACAGAGGAAAGUGUAUCUGUUGAUCCAGAAUUAGAAGAAGCUUUGAUGAGUGCUUCUGAUACAGAAUUGUGUGACCUUGCAGCUAUUCUUGGGAUGCAUAAUUUGAUAACAAAUACACAAUUUUGUGAUAUAGUGGGAAGUAGUAAUGGUGUUGAUAAAGGACAUUUUUCAAAUGUAGUGAAAGGUGAAAAGAUUCUUCCAGCAUUUGAUGAGCCACCAAAUCCAACCAACGUUGAAGAGAGUUUAAAGAGAAUUAAAGAAAACGAUGCUCAUCUUGUUGAAGUUAAUUUGAAUAACAUAAAGAAUAUCCCAAUUCCAACCCUAAAAGACUUUGCAAAGGCUUUGGAAACCAAUACACAUGUGAAAUAUUUCAGUCUUGCAGCCACCCGAAGCAAUGAUCCUGUUGCUGUUGCUUUUGCAGAUAUGCUGAAAGUAAACAAAACUUUGAAGAGCUUAAAUAUGGAGUCCAACUUCAUUACAGGAGCUGGGGUUCUGGCACUGAUUGAUGGUUUAAGAGAUAAUGAGACCCUGGCAGAGCUUAAAAUUGACAAUCAGAGGCAACAGUUGGGAACAGCUGUAGAACUGGAAAUAGCCAAGAUGCUUGAGGAAAAUGCAAAUAUCCUUAAAUUUGGGUAUCAGUUUACACAGCAAGGACCCCGAACCAGGGCAGCUAAUGCUAUAACAAAAAACAACGACUUAGUGCGAAAGAAACGAGUUGAAGGAGACCACCAGUAAGUCCAACAAAGUAUAAAUCUUUGGAAGACUUCAGAACUUUACCAAGGGCUCAUGUUGGUGACAUCAGAUGUAAAAUUUUUCUGGGUAGAAGGGAAAAGACUGGAAAUCUUUUUUUUUUGUUUGUUUGUUUGUUUAGCUUUUUUGUUAACUAUAUGCAUUAUUUUCCUAGUUUAAGUUGUUAUCAGUUUAAAAUUAUGAAAUCAAUAGUAUCUGGUAUUUUAUAUUUUGAAGCAUUUCCACUUUCUACUAAAAUCAGUUUUAAUUUAGAUUAAUUAAAUGACUUAUAAUGAGUCUUGGGCAAAAAACAAUACGAUUAUAAAUAAGUUUCAGAAGUCAUUUAUGUAGAAUAAUCUGAGGACCAGUUUUUUAAUUUAAAAAGGGACAUUGCUGAUAUUAAUUGCUCCUUCGAGGUAUAAGGCACUUAAAAGUUUUCUUUGUUUUGUAACCUGGAUACUUUUCCAUUUUUUAAGAAUAAAUGAACUUGGCAAGGGUAUAUUUUUUCCUUAUCAAGGAAUCAAAAUGCAAUGAUUUUUAAACAGAUGGCUCAAAAUCUGGUGAAGUGUUCAGAAGCCAAAGCAGACCUCCAGGGAGAGACCUUCAUGCAGUGCAGGUUACUGUGCUUGUCUGAUACAGCUCAGCAACAUCUAGGGAUUUGUUUUUUAAACAAAAUCAUCAGCUGAUCCAGGUUAUACGCUUUGUUUAAAAAUAUAGUAUGUCUAAGUAUUUUUAAUUGGUUCAUUUUAGUUAUAAAUGACAAUAGAAUUUGUUUUGACAUAAUGAAAGCAUGGAAUAUAUCAUGUUCUAGUGAAGACCCCAGUACCUCUUUUUCCCCUUCCCUUUUCCUACCCCCAGCUUCCUUCCCUCUGUUGAUCUUUCUGCCAUUUACCCAGUUAUUAUUUCUUAAUUAAUUCUUUGUGGAUGUACUUGAUGGUAAGAUUCACUAUGGUAUAUUCAUGUAUGUGCAUAGGAAAUUUAUGUCAGAUUGAUUCCACUGUCUUUCCUUUUCCCAUUCUCCCUUCAACGCCCAUUUAUGUCUAUGUUUAUUACUGUUUUUCAUUUUAAUGUGGGCAUUAUUAAAUUUUUAUGAAAGCUAAUGGUAAAAAACAUCUAAGUAGAAAAGUUGUUUUCUUCCCCCAUAAAAAGGCACACAGCCAACUCCCAGUUAUUUAGGAUAAAAUAAAAAACAAAGCUGCUGCUAAACAUGUGAAAUCAUAGGUAACAUGAUGGAGUUCAGGUUUGAGGAACUUGCAAAACAGCCACUUAAACUGAUGGUUACUAUAAGGAAGUUAGAAACUGGGAUGUGUGUAAAUUACUUGGUAUUGUGCUGUAUGCCAAGAAGUUCCAUAUGCAGCGCAGAAUGGCAUAGACAAUAUUUAAUCCCCACUACAUACUUUCCAGCCAAAAAAGAGAAGUGCUGAUCUUCAGAAUCUGAUUCUAUUAUAUGCUUCCUUUCAUCUUGCACUUUUUCCAUAUUGUAUAAAAAUAUUUUCUAUAACAAAAGUGGUCUUUAUUGCUCAGAGUAUAAGGUGAGUGCUUGAACAGAGUUCUGUGGCGAGAGGACAAGUGUGACACUGCACACCCCAGCUGUGCUACAGGGUUUGAUUUUGCAUUCAUGUCCUGUCCCAUAGCAGCUCUUUAGCAGGAGAUAGCAGACGCACUCACAUCUACAGAAGACUGGGAAGAAGGGGAUCAGAAAAAUACUGGCCUCAUAAGGCCUACCUGGAUCAUUUACAAAAAGAUAUUUCUGAGUAAGGGGAAGGUAGUUUGUCAUGGUUAGUUUUUUAAAAACCUUUUGAAGUUGAAUCACAAAAUGUCUACUAUUUUGGCUGCCAGACAAUUUAUCCCAUGAUCUAGGCAGCAGCUUGUGUACUAUAGUAAUAAGCCUUCUUAACAGGCUAAAGCUUCCCUCAUAGGAACUGUGGUGUGUUUGCUUUUUGAAAAAUCAGUAUCCAGUAUUUCAAAGGGGCCAAAGAUUAACUUUGCACUAUUCCCUUUCAGUUAAAAGCCACUGAUUUUUUUUUCCAAGUUAGAAAGGCUUCACUUGCUUGCUUUCUCACCUGACUGCCUGCCCCAACACCAGCCUCUACUGUCUCUCUCUCUCUCUCCUCUUCCCCUCCCUUCUUCCUUCUUUACAUAUACAACUUUUGAAUUGUACUUGAUUUUAUAAACUGUGCAAUUCCAGCAAGAUUUGGAGUCAGGCAUGGAGCAGGUAUCUAAGGCUACCACAAAGAAUUGGUCACUUAAACUUCUAGCCAGGCUUCUUCAUUUGCAUUGCCCUGUAAGUCAGUUAAUAAGUAUGCUCCCCUCUCUCCCAUAUGGUGGUUUUUUUUUCUAAAUAUUGUUAAGGUUGGUCCCUACGUAGAAUUUUGUAUCAUACUUACGGGAAUAUCUUUUUUACCUACUAUUUAUCAAAAUAUGACUAAGUUGAGUAUUUUGCUUGUACCAUUCCAGUUCUAUGCUAUAAUACAUUUUAUAAUUUUUUUAUAAAUAAUUUUAAUAUGAAUACUCAUCCAACUAAAUAUGGAAAUCUCUCAAGUAUUAUAAUUAUAAGGGAGAAUAACAGUGUUUACUUUGAAAAAAUCUGGUACCUCGCUGGGCGUGGUGGCUCAUGCCUGUAAUCCCAGUGACUUGGGAGGCUGAGGUAGGAAGAUCACAAGUUUAAGGCCAGCCUCAGCAAUUUAGUGAGGCCCUAGCAAUUUAACAAGACCCUGUCUCAAAAUAAAAAAUAAAAGAAGUCAUGGACUGGGAUUGUAUCUCAGUGGUAGAGUAUUGCCUGGCAUGGGUGAAGCACUGGGUUCUAUCCUUAGCACCACAUAAAAACAAAUAAAUAAAAUAAAGUUUAAAUUCAUUAAAAAAAAAAAAGUCUGGGGAUAUAACUCAUUGGUAGAGUGGCCCUGGGUUCAACCCCCAGUACCCCCCCCAAAAAAAAAAAAAUUGGCACUUUUUAAUCUUUUAUUAACUGGGUUUUGAUACAAUCUUAAGAGAAUUUUUAAGACCUUAAGUUUUUUCAUCUAAUCAGUUUCAACGUACAUGUUUAUCUAAGAGAAUGUCCUUUCAUUUUUAAAUUGUUGCUUUUUAAGAAAAAAAUUUAAUUACCCAUUUUAUAAAAUUUUAUAUUCAUAUUUGUCUGGAGUUCAAAUUUUUCCAGUAUGUCUAUAUGAAAUUUUUUUAAAACUCAAUAUUUAUUGCCAAUAUUAAUAUGAUGAAAAUGGAUUUUGGUGCUAUAUAUUUGUAGCUAAAGCCUUGUAAAAAUCUAAAGAAUAAGCAAAAUAUAUUUUCUAAGGGUGCCACAUCAUUUAAAAGACCAAAUAAACAAUUGUAUUACAUAAUCUAGCAGAUUGUUAUCAAUUUCAAGGGGAGUUUUCUUGGUCAUUAAAUAGCAAAUUCUUCUCUGAAUCAAGUAACCCACUUGCUUUGUGCAAGAGGUACACUAGAGGAAAGUUAAAUAAAUAGAACUUUAGAUCAUUUUCCAAUUAAUCAAUUAUCUGGUGUGUUUUCCUUUUAAGGAGGGAUUCCAUGAUAUAAUAAAAAUUGUAAAAGAAAAAAAAAGUUUUGACAAAAUGUUAGUCCUGUUGUACAUUAUAUAUAACCUUGAUUGUAUAUUAUAUAUAACAUUAAAAUAAGACAAAAGUUUGUGAAGUUUCAUGAAAUCUUACAGUUCCCAGGGCUACCUUAUUUUCUCACUAUAAAACCAGGAACCACUGUUACCUCCUAGCAUAUCCAAGGAUCAUGCUAUCUCUGGAAUCCAUGGACACUGCCAUUCUCUGCAGGCUCAGUCCUGUCCAGCUUUGCUCCUGCACUACAGUGAUACUUCACUUUUGAACAGUAUUGACUGAAAACAUGGCACCCAAGAGAAACAAACACAUGGAUGGAAUAGAGACAACUCCUGUUGCUACUGGCCAGGUGAAGGGUUUUAAGUUGUUGGAUCUAAACAUCUGGAGAACUGUCUUCAAUACCAGCUGAUGCUGAUUAUUAUUGUUUCUGGAUAGCUCUCACUCUAAGACUUGCUUAUCAAACAAAUCAAACUCUUCCCUAAUGAUUUUUAAAUUGAGAAAAUACUAUCCAUAUGCAAUGAUUUUUAUAUCGUCAUAUUUUAAUCUGGUUAUUCUUUAUAUCAUUGAUUUUUCUUCACUAUAAUUCAGUUCUAUAAGUUUUCUAUAAAAUUGGACAAUUUGGAAUUUUUAAUAAAACAUUUGUAACAUUUUAUUAAUUUUAAA